UAUGACAUUUAGAUUUUUUUUCUAUUUGGACUUUACUCACUUAUUACUUUCUUAGGAAUUUCACAUUUUUAUUCUGAUUUUUUUUGUAAUAAAAAAUGAAUUAUUAUCUCCGAUCUUUUAAACGCUGCGUUUUGGGGUCAGGGUUUUGGAUUCCGACACGGUGAAGAACAACGGGAUCCAUUUUCUUACUUCUUCUUCCUCUACCACCUGAGAAAAAACCCUAAAACCCUAAUUCUUCAUAAAUUAGUUUCCAAAGGCGUCAAUUUUGGGCGGAAAAUGUGGUCUUCGAGAGCUCUCAAGUAUAUUUUCAGGCUAAGACCUGAACCAAUUUCUUCUUCAUCGUUUUCCGCAUAUUCGCUAUCUCGCAUCACCGGUGGUGCUCUAAUUCCGUCGCAGCACCGAUCGAUUACCUCCACGGCGCCGCUUAAUGGAUGGAUGGAUUCGAUCAAAGGCGUUUUUACCGGGAAUAAGGAUACUCCUUUGGAAGAAUCAAAUCUACCCGUUGAAGCUUUUACUCUUCUCCGAUUUGCUGAUGAAUUGAAGAAUGCUAGAAGGUUAGGGAAAUUCAAGCAGUACAUUGUGGGUCGAAGCAGCGAGGCCACUUUUUCAGAUGCAUUUGAGAAACAAGAAGCUGUUAUUAGGUAUCUUGGAGCUCUUGAUGCUACAGGAGAGAAUCUUCAAGCGAGUCAAAAGCAAGAUGCGGCUAAACAUUGCAAAUGCACGAUAACAGAUGUGGAGAAUACGCUGGCCAAGUUUACUUGGGCCAGGCAAGCUCACAAGAAGAUGGCAGAGUUGAAAGAAGGAGGCAAACCGUUACCAAAGAAUAUGGGAGAGCUGCAAAAAAUGAUGGGGUCAACACCAAUGGAUCUGGCGAGAUCAAACUUAGCCAAAAGUGGGCAGAUCAGCCGCAAUGCACUUUGUCCAUGUGGUUCUAAAAAGAGAUAUAAAAGAUGUUGCGGAAAGGAUUGAAGAACACACAAGUUGAUCGAAAACAACUAGCUUUCUUUUGACUCUUUCUUGGCUUCAUUUGCUAUUUAUGUUCUUCCAAAGAGGAACAGAUGAAUUUUAGGUGAGAUGUUGUAGUAGAAGAUACUGGAAAUUUUUUUUUCUUUUUGUAAGGUUAUUCAAUAAUCAGUUCUCCUGAUUACUUUACCUUUUAAAAUUUAUUCUCAGAACCUUAAUAAAUAAAAGUCACAUGUAAACC